AUGUGUUCGAAGGAGUCAGCUGAGCGAGGAUUCAGUGGACGCUGCCUGCCUCUCCUCGGGAAUGCUGACCGCGGGAGGCAACACAGAGUUUAGCGAACAACUUUGUAUUUGUUGAGGUUAUAGUUAACCUUUCCAUCUUAGCCAGGGUAGCUGAAUCAGGCUACGGGUGGUUAAAAACUCUCCUCGCUCCCGAUAUCCUCGGUGUAUUCGUCCCUUGGUGAGCGCUGUUUUGGAGGUGCCCUUGGGAGUGAGUGAGAGGCAGCUGGGGCUGAGCAGACACGGACCAGGUGGACAGCAUGGCCUUAGCAGGGUGUCCUGACUUCUUCCUCCACCAGACCAACUACCAGGAUAAGGUGGACCGCUCAGGCUCUCACCAACCUUCCAACCUCAUUGGCACUGGUUUCCAGCCGUCUUCCAAUCGGAACUCCCCCAGCCAUCAGGAUGAUGAUGUGGACCUCGAGGCCCUGGUGAAUGAUAUGAACUCCUCUUUUGAGAGUCUGUACUCCCACACAGACUCCUCCCCUCUCCUGCACAAUGGCCACGCCCACCUGCAGGGUCCCUGUGUUAAUCGUGGACAGGCCCCGCCUCCCCAGCGCCACACACCCCGCUCGCCAGGACAGAGACUCCGCCGCUCCCAGCCCAUCCAUGUGCACGCCGUCAGGAGACUUCAGGAAGAAGAGCACCAGGUCAGGCCAGCCUCCCUGCCGGCCAUCCCAAACCCUUUCCCUGAGCUGUGCAGUCCUACUGGAUCACCUAUACUCGACACCCUGCAGCAGAACCAGGCCUCAGACACACACAUUAUAAAGGUGUUUGGGGAGGAUGGCAGCGGGAAGGUGGUGGAGGUGCCAGCUGACAUGACCGCCAGAGACGUGUGCCAGCUGCUGGUCUACAAGAGCCACUGCGUAGAUGACAACUGCUGGACACUAGUGGAGCAUCACCCCCUGCUUGGCCUGGAGCGCUGUCUGGAGGACCAUGAGUUAGUGGUCCAGGUCCAGGCCGGCAUGUCGAGUGAAAGCCGGUUCGUCUUCAGGAAGAACUACGCCAAGUACGAGUUCUUCAGAAACCCCCUGAACUUCUUCCCUGAGCAGAUGGUAGCGUGGUGUCAGGAAUCUAAUGGCUCAAUCCCACCGUCCCAGCUCUUACAGAACUUCCUAAACUCCAGCCGCUGUCCUGAGAUUCAGGGCUUUCUGUAUUUGAAGGAGACGGGUCGUAAGUCCUGGAAGAAGCUCUACAUGUUUCUGAGGCGGUCCGGCCUCUACUACUCCACUAAAGGCACAUCAAAAGAGCCCAGGCAUCUGCAGUUACUGUCGGAUCUGGAGGAGAGCAACGCGUACAGUGUGACGACAGGCAGGAAGAUGCACAACGCGCCCACAGACUACCAGUUCUGCAUCAAGCCAAGUAAAGUUCGCAGUGAUGUGAAGGAGCUGAGGAUGCUGUGUGCUGAAGAUGAGCAGAGCAGGACAUGCUGGAUGACGGCUUUCAGACUGCUGAAGUACGGGAUCCUUCUCUACCAGAACUAUAAGAUCCCUCAGCAGAGGAAAUCCCCACUGGCCCCCUUCUCUGCUCCAGUGCGGAGUGUGUCUGAGAACUCUCUGGUCGCCAUGGACUUCUCCGGGAGGACAGGGAGAGUGAUUGACAACCCAGUGGAGGCCCAGAGUGCUGCCUUGGAGGAGGGGCACAGCUGGAGGAAACGGAGUCAGAGGAUGAAUGUUUUAGGAAGCCCCAGCCCCCUGCAUCCUUCCUCUCUCAGCUCAGUUAUCCACCGGACCCAGCUGUGGUUCCACGGCCGCAUCAUGAGGGAGGAGUCCCACAAGAUGAUCAUGCAGCAGGGCCAAGUGGACGGGUUGUUCCUGAUACGAGACAGUCAGAGCAACCCAAAGGCUUUUGUUCUCACACUGUGCCAUCACCAGAAAAUCAAACAUUUCCAGAUCUUACCUUUUGAGGAAGAUGGACAAAUCUUCUUCAGCCUUGACGACGGCGCCACCAAAUUCAGCGAUCUGAUCCAUCUGGUUGAGUUCUACCAGCUGAACAGAGGCGUGCUGCCCUGCAAACUCAAACACCCCUGCACCAUGGUGGCCUUAUGACCCCCCCACCCACCCCCGAAGAUCCCCAAUCCCUGACCUCUGACCUCUCCUCUGACCUUCCACCCCCUACAAAAACAGACAGACACACGCGGCUCAUCGACUGGUUCUGUUCUAUGUCGUGUGCUGUCAGCGGUGACUGUUUCGCGCACGCAUUUGUCUCUUCCCCACAGAUGACGCUAAGCUGAGGACAGCACACAGGAUUCUCUCUCUCUCUCUCUCUCUCUCUCUCUCUCUCUCUCUCUCUCUAACACACACAUAUUUCUGGACUGGAUGAAAAUUCAUGGAAGAGGACGUGGGAGGGUGGGGAUGUGAGAGAUGGUAGCGGUGGAUGGGAUGGAAAGUUCCGGUGCUCUCGUCUCGUCUCGUCUCCCAUCCCCUCCUCUGCUGGGCUCAGCUCUCCCUGAGUGAUGGAUCAUCCUGCUCUCCGCUGGAGAUCAUCCUCCGGUUCACCCCAGAGGUUCUAUCCUGUCCUCUCUUCUCCUCCUGUUCUGUCACCCACUACAGAGCAAUGCAAGAGCAGAUCCGCAGGGCUGCUGCCGUCAGUCUGUCAGUCAGUCAGUCAGUCUGUCUGUCUGUCUCUCUGUCUGUCUGUCUGUCUGUCUGUCUGACUGUCAAUAUCAGCCUGGACCUUCUACACAUCUUUUUUUGUUUGAUUGUUUGUUUUGUUAUUUUGUUUUGUUUUUCCACUUGUAAAGUGUUGCUUUACUUGACUUCAUUUUAUUUUAUUACAGUUCGUUUCAUAGCUGAACUAUAUACUUAUAUAUAAAUAUAUCUAUAUCUAUAUAUUUUUUUGCACUCCUGAGAUGACAACAGGUUUUCCCACUUGACAGAAAACGCUGCGCUCUCGUUGUUGCUCCUCUUCCUCUUCCUUCUCCUCCUCCUCCUCCUCCUCCUCCUCCUGCUGCAUCGCCCAGUGCUCUGGACAGGACGCUCGCGCGCUGACCGCAUGAACGAGCGAACGGGGCCGGAGAGCACCGCCGUCUGCCACUGGAAGGCAUCGGCGCCGGUCCCGGGAAGAGAUGAGAGAAGCGUCAGGGCGACAGUUGUCAGGGGUAACCGUUGUCUGGGAUCAGGCUGAAACAAGACAGGCUUUAGAGCGAAGGAUGGGGGUGGGUGGGGGUGGGGUUAGAGUGUGGGGGGGUUGUGGUAGGGGGGCUCAGUCAACUCAGGUGCUAGUAGCUGGUUGAGGUCCAGACAACAUGGGACAGAUGGCUACUCGUCACACCCCUGGUGUCCCCCAGACACUCGGAUACAAAGGCUCCCUCACCAUUGUGGGGUUUGCACAGGGUCUGCAUUGGAGCAGCUUUACAGCAGUUUUCAGCAGCAAGCACUUGUAUGUAACCAUGCCAACUGUUGUCUUUACAGAGGUGAGAGUGGAAGAAUUGGGUGGUGAGCUGUGAUUGCCAUUAACACCAGCCCCAGUACCAAUCACACACACACACACACACACACAGACACAUACAUACACACACACACAGAGACACAUACACAUACACAUACAGACAUACACACACACACACACACUGACACAGACACUUUGUACCUUGAAUUAAAUAUUGCAAUACCAACUUGACUCACACCAGCUUAGCUCGACAACAACAUAUCACAGAAUGGGGGGGUCUGAAAAGGGAGAGGGGACGAGAGCUGGUGCGCAAGAGAGAGCGAUGUACACAGUAAGGUAGCCUUGAAAGAGAGUGAGAGUGAGAGAGAGAGAGUGAGAGAGGCUGUUUGUGCGUCAGUGUUUGCAGGGUCGUCUCUGGCCUCCUGUUUAGUGAGAGCUGUCUCCUGCUUCUCUGCAGGGUUCAAACCUGCACUCACUAAAACCCAUCCAUACGACUCUAUAUCUUUAAGUAUGUGAAGCUAUGGAAAAGAUGUAGAUCUAACACUGUAUUUUAGAUGGCCGAUCACUAUGUAAGAGUGGGAACCCCCACAGCAGAUGAUGAUUGAUUUGACUGAUUAAUUGAUUGAUUUUUCUGUGCAUAUUCUUUUUCUGAUCCAGUGUGCAUAUUGAGUUAUCUGUUUUUGUUUGUAUGUCACAAAUGUACUUUUUUAAGAGUAUAUUACAGUAUUAAAUUAAGCUUAUUUUUAGCCUCUGAAACUGGACUAACAGCAUGCCUCUGUAUCAGAUUCAUGGGAUCACUUCAUGAGAAAAGUCUGACUUUAUAAGCUCGACGGUAUCUUUUAAGACUUCAUGAACCAGAUUGUGAUGUGGCCAGAACUCUAAGCUGAAAUCCAGUCAAGCCUUGAAGCUCUGCCCUGUGCUUAACUCCCUCCAGCUACACUACACUACACUACACUACACUACACUACACUAGACACUAUACUACAUAUAUACACACACACACUACACUACACUACACUUGCGCACUUGUAUUGAAGCUGUCAAUGUCAGGGCAGUUUUGACCUGAUCCUGAGGGGUCCCACUGCUUUCAGGUCUUCUUUGGCAGGCCCUCAUGCCCCGUGUCAGAGAGAUAUCUUCCCCUCAAAAGCCCAGAUCAUUUUAGUCUCAGGAACCCACUAUUAAUGUCAUAUCACUAGGGGUGUAUUAUGGAUGCCUUUGCAUAUGAGAAGUGUAUUACACAGAACAGCAGCUUUGGACCGAAUAGAAGCGGCUGCUUAGGAUGGGUUCUGAGAGAGAAACCUGAAGGCAUGGGGCCCCCUGAGGACUGUGGUCAGGGGGCUCUGCUGUCUGUGACAUGAAUGUAAUUCAGCUGCUCAGGGUUCUGAGAGGGCCUGAUAGAUGCUGGUCUUUUGAUCAGACUCGGUUUUCUAGGACCCGCACUUAAGUAAGUGUCUUAAGCAACGUGCUGGUCUAGAACUCCCUCUCUCAGUGCAUGCGCGUCUUGCACCGAGAGGUGAAAGGUCACCUAGGUUAGCACUCCUCCUUGGACAGACUUUGAGACGGGGGUUCUGGCCAGAUUAGGGUUCCUUUUGUCUGAUACGUAUGGGAGACUGCAGGCCAAACCAGACUAGAUUCACCGGUGCCAUUAGUGCAAUAGCUGUCCACAGCUUAGAGAAGAGCAGAGCAUACAACGUCACAUUCUUCUGUCGUUUGUCCCCCCCACAUUCACCCGUUCCCAUCAUGGCCAACUCCACUGCCGCACACACGCUGCAGGCGUGUCUCCCCAGGGUCCACUCCACGGAGCCUGCGUAUAUGCCGCCCUUAUUCACCCGCCAUGGUUUACUCACACUACAAACCAACUGUGGACUCCUUAGGAAAAAAAUAAAAGGAACAUGGAGAAGAAAAAAAAAACAUGGUGUAUCAGGGAAUACUAAAUGAUCCGGGUUUUAUUUUUUUGUUUUGUUUUGUUUCGUUUUUUCCUCAAAUACAACUCCUGUGUUCAGCGCGCUUUGCUUGGUUUGGUAAAUGGCUGACUGGUUUUCCCAAUCACUAUUAUCACUCUCUCGGGUAUUUUUGUACAAAUAAGGGACUGAUAUAUUCUGUUUUAUUGUAAGUAGAAUAAAAUACGUUGAUAUAAACACUA